AUGAUGGCACGGGGUCGACGUCAAAGUCCAAAACUAUCAGCCUUAUCACUGUUGCCCGUCGCCUGUGCAGCGUUGUUGGGCCGGUGCCUGGUGGCGCGGAGUGUGCAGCCAGAUGCGGAGGCGAGUCUCGCCUUUGUCGGAGUGCACCCACCGCACAGACACAGUCGAGUUUGGUUGCGGGCGGAAGAUGCCGAUGAGGUCGCAGCGCUGCUUGCUCAGGCUGAGGCUCUGCGGCGUGAAGCUGCACAGGAGGAGGAGGAAGUGAAGGCUGCUCGCGUUCAGCGAGAGGCGGAAGAGGCGGCAGAGGUAAAGAAAGCGGAAGAUGGAUUCGGGUCGGAGAUUCAGGUGGAGGUUCGUCCAGGCGAGGAUCCGAUCUUGGCAAAAGCGCGGGCAGAGUUGGCCGCAGCGCGUGCCAAUUUAGCAGCUGCGAAGCUGGAGGCUGAAGCAGUUGUUGCCGGCCGUCAGGUGACAGGCCUGCAAGAUCAGUCUGGCAGUCAACCCAGUGUUCCACCACCGGCCCCAGUUGGAAAGUUGGAGGAUGUGAAGCUCAACUUCUCCGGCACGUUGAUGACCGAGGACUCGGAAGUUGGCUAUAGUCAUGCAGCUGCGUACGCGCUGCUCACGCUCCAAGCUUUCUGA